UAUCCUACAACUCAUCUGCCUGCCUCUGCUUCUGAAGUGUUUGGAUUAAAGGAAAUGUUGUCCUUCUCAGAUGUGGCCAUCGAGUUCUCUCCAGAAGAGAGAGAAUGUCUGGAGCCUGCUCAGUGGAAUCUGUACAGGGAUGUGAUGUUGGAGAAUUACAGCCACCUUGAGUUCCUGGGUCUUGCUGUCCCUAAGCCACACCUGGUGACAUUUCUGGAGCAAAGACCAGAGCCUUCAGAUGGGGAGAGACAAGCAGCAGCCACCGUGCACCCAGGGUCAAUGCCUGAAGAUUAUAGUAUUUGCUCCAAGGCCAUUGAUUAUAACUCACAAUAUAUUCAAUGCCAGAGAAUUCGUACAAGGGAGAAACCCUACAAGUGUGAAGAAUGUGGUAAGGCCCUUAGUUCUCAUAAAGCACUUUCCACACACCAGAGACUUCACACUGGACAAAAACCCUACACGUGUAAAGAAUGUCACAAGGCCUUCAAUACUCGCUCAUCACUUUUUAUACACCAGAAAAAUCAUACUGAUGAAAAAACCUACAAGUGUGGAGACUGUGGCAGAUCAUUUUACUAUCCUUCAGUGCUGAAGCAACAUCAAAGGAUUCAUUCUAGAGAGAAAACCUACAAAUGCGAAGAAUGCAGCAGGUAUUUUUGCUCAUCUUCAUACCUUAGACGACAUCAAAGAAAACAUACUGGAGAGAAACCAUUCAAGUGUGAGCAGUGCGGCAAGUGUUUCUGCUUCACAUCAUUCCUUCGGCAACAUCAAGCAAUUCACUGUGAAGACAGACACUACAAUUGUAUGGACUGUGGUAAAAGCUUUAACUCUCUUAUAUACCUUAGACGACAUCAAACAAUCCAUUCAGCACACAGUCCUUAUACCUGUGUACACUGCGGCAAAUGGUUUUUCUAUUCUAGGGAUGUUCAGGAUCAUCAAACAGUUCACACUGGAGAGAAACCCUACAAGUGUGACGAAUGUCACAAAGCCUUUCAUUAUCACUCAUCCCUUAAGACACACAAGAAAGUUCAUAUGGAAGAGAAACCCUACAAGUGUGAGGAGUGUGACAAAGCCUUUUAUUAUCACUCAUCCCUUUGGAGACACAAGAAAGUUCAUAAUGGAAUGAAACCCCACAAAUGUACAGAGUGUGACAGAUGUUUUAACUCAUCUGUAUCCCUUAGAGAACACCAAACAAUCCAUUCUGAAGAAACUUGUUAUACCUGUGCACACUGCAGCAAGAGGUUUUCAAAUUCAAGAUAUCUUCAGGAUCACCAAAGAGUUCAUACUGGAGAGAAACCCUACAAGUGUGAAGAAUGUCACAAAUCCUUUCAUUAUCAGUCUUCCCUUAGGAGACACAGGAAACUUCACACUGGAGAGAAACCCUACACGUGUUGAGAAUGUCACAAAACCUUUCAUCUUAACUCAUCUCUUAGUAGACACAAAAGACUUCGUACUGGAGAGAAUCCCUGCAAGUGUGAAGACCGUGACAGAUGCUUUUCUUCAUCUUCAUCCUUUCUACAGCAUAAAAUAAAUCAUUUUGUAUAGAAACCCUAAAAUUGUGGGGAAUUUAGCAAAGACUUUAUUAAUCUUAAUAUCCUUAUUCAAUGCAUGUCAUAGUUAAUACAGGGGAUAAAUCCAUCAAACGUCUUAAAAAGUUUACUUCUUCAAACCUGAAACCACAUCAGAUGAUUCAUUCAGACAGCAAACUUCAUGAGUGUGUGAAAUGUGAUAAAAUCUUUGCCAACAAAUCAGGGAUUAUCCACCUGAAAUAAGUUCAUCAUUUUGGGAUGUAAACAUCAACGUGUAACUUAACAAGAGCACAAAUACUAAGAAUGUCAUCAGAGAACAGCAGAGAGUUCUCUUUGCUGUAACUCCCAACAGUUUGUUCAAGCAGUGUGUUUGAAACUUGCCUUUGUUAAUAAGUCUCUAUCUUCUGUAACUAUAAAUGCUCCAUGAAACCUUGCCCAUGUCAUAGCUUUGUUCAUUGGUUGCCCAGAAUAUGAGAUCUGGGCUGUGGCAUCAUUACUGUUGUUUUUCCCAGUGGACUCAUCCAAGCUGUUGUAAUUCCUCCUUGGUGUAAGAAGCUCUGCCUCUCUGAGCUACCAGAUUUUCACCCAGCAUUUGAAUCUAUAUUGAUAAUCCUUAUUGGUAAAAUAAAAGGACAGAGACAGAGUUAAAACUGUAUAAAUACUCUUGCCAUCUAAGACAUCCACAGCCAGGCAGCAGCUGUGGCUGCAGAGGUGCAGCCAUCGGCUGAGGUAGUGAUAGUUUCAGGUGCAGCUGCUGUGCCUCAGAUAAAAACAGCAGUGCCCAUAGAGCAACAAUGGCAUUAAAGCUCUGGGGUAACCAAUCAUUUUUGACUGCAUUUGAAGUUCCUUCUACAAACUGUAACUCAUGUGAUGUUGAUUUGGUGAUAAACUUGUGGUGAUAAAUCCUAGGAAGGAUUUAAUGCAGUUAUUCUAAUGAGUGGACAGUAACUAAAUGAACCCAAGUUCUCAACUUUAUACCCACAGUCAGGCACCUCUCAGCCUUCACCAGAAUGUAUUAAUUGUGUGGUAGAUGGAGAAGACUACACAGAUGCAAAAUGAUCAAAGUGUGAAGAAUAUUCCUCUGUGGAGGCCCUAAUCCAAAGGUGACACCUGCAUCACACAUUGUCAGUGAUUUCCCUUGCACACAUCUGAAGCCAAAAGUCAUGGAGAAGAGUUGGAAAGAAUGUCAGAGCCCGGUACAGUAGAUGUGUACCCUGAAGCAGUAGAAAUGUUGAGACAUUUCUAAAACAGUGAAACAUUGAUAGAAAUCUUCAUACCAAUUAAUGCAUGAACACCCUGUGAUUAUGACUAUGUGGAUAACACUUAUAUAAGCUGAACCACAGCAUACAACAAGCAUGGCUAUAUAAUGGUAUAGGAGGUCCUUCUGUAUUUGUGUUGCUUUCCUUGGUUAAAUAAAGAAGCUGCCUUGGCCUUUUGAUAGGACAGUACUUAGAUAGGCGGGAAGACAGAACUGAAUGCUGGGAGGAGGAAGGCAGACAGGGAGAGCUGCCAUGAAAUCUCCAGUCAGAGACUCUGAAUCUUUCUCAGUAAGCCACAACCUCGUGGUAAUACACAGAUUAAUGGUAAUGGAUUAGAUCAGGAUGUGAGAGUUGGCCAAGGAGAGGCUAGAUAUAAUAGGCCAG